CGUGCUGUGGCAGGGAUGAGGAGCCGGCAGCGGAUGUUUGCAGCGGUGAUGCGCCUGCUCCUCAAGUGCCUGCGGCUGGGCCGGCGGCGGCGGCUUAAGCUGGUGCAACAAGCAGAGCAGCUGUGGCAUUACGGGCACCUCUGCCUCCGCUCCCUGCUCUACAACUCCUUCACCAACGGCGACGUGGUGCUCGACUCCCUCUUCGAGCCCAUCUACUGGCUGGUGGAUCACAUCACACGGUGGUUUGGCGUGGUGUUUGUGGCACUGGUGAUUGGGCUAACGAGCUCCAUUGUGGCCAUUGUGUACAUCUGUCUGCUGCCCCUCAUCCUGCAGACCUACACACCUGCCUGGAUCUGCUGGCACCUUGCCUACGGACACUGGAACCUUCUCAUGAUCGUCUUCCACUACUACAAGGCCAUCACCACCUCGCCUGGGCACCCACCACAGGCCAAGGACAACCUCACCGGCGUCUCCAUCUGCAGGAAGUGCAUUGCCCCCAAGCCAGCUCGCACCCACCACUGCAGCAUCUGCAACAGGUGCGUGCUGAAGAUGGACCACCACUGCCCCUGGCUGAACAACUGCGUGGGACACUACAACCACCGCUACUUCUUCUCCUUCUGCCUGUUCAUGACCAUGGGCUGCAUCUACUGCAGCAUCAGCGGCUGGGAGAUGUUCCGGGAUGCCUACGCAGCCAUCGAGACCUACUACCAGACCCCACCACCCACCUUCUCCUUCCGCCAGCGAGCUUUCCACAAGAGCAUCGUCUACCUCUGGGUCCUGUGCAGCUCGGUGGCACUGGCCCUGGGUGCCCUCACGCUGUGGCACGCUGCCCUCAUCACCCGCGGGGAGACCAGCAUCGAGCGGCACAUCAACAAGAAGGAGAGGCAGCGACUGCAGAAGAAAGGCAAGGUCUUUAGGAACCCCUACAGUUACGGUGGCUGGGAUAACUGGAAGGUGUUCCUGGGUGUGGACCUGCCAAGGCACUGGCUCACCCGUGUCCUGCUGCCCUCUCCUCACCUGCCCCAUGGGACAGGCCUGAGCUGGGACCUGCCGCUCUGCGUGAUGAAGCAUCACACGCCGCUCCUGGCCAUCUGAGGCCUGGCUGCUGCAGAUCUCCCUCCCCACAGGCAGGGGAGCACACAGGGGCCCUGCUCCACCACCACUGCUCCCUUUGGCC